AUGGAGUUUGCUGCGGAAGAGCGUCUGGGCGGCGGCGGUGGCAGCGGCGAAGAUGAUGCUGAAACCAUUGCCUGCGCCUCCGCGCACGCGGCUUUGGAGCAGUCAGCUCGCCUAGAAGAGUUGAGCUCUGACGCGAGGGACGAGGAUGAGGAAGAGGCAUGCGCUGCUGCAAGGAGCAUGGAGCUGAGGCCCUCUGCGGUGCAGGAAGCAGUCUUGACGGGUGCAACCAUCGACGUGGAGCACAUGGACGAGGUUCAGGCACCACUGCAGGCGGCAGUGGCGUCGCAGGCGCAUGGGCCCUCGCCUCUGUUCACAGCGUCUAAGUGUGUGGCGACAGAUGAUAUUUUGCGUAGACACGACAAGCAUGUUUUUAUUCUCACAAGCGCCGGCAAGCCUGUCUUUACACGUCAUGGAGAUGAGAGGGAGUUCAGUGAAGUUUUUGGUGUUUUUCAGGUGAUCAUGGCCAUGGCUCGACAGAGACACGGCGAUGCCGCAGCGAUGCAGCAGCAACGGCAGCAUGAAAGUCUUCGUCGCAUCAAGGCGGGGGAUCUGAGCCUGUACUUUUACGUGGCAGAGGAGCUUAUUUACGUACUCGUGACCCGCACCGGUGAGUCCAUGCGUAGCUGCAUGAGCCAGUUGCGGCAGAUUCAUCUGCAGCUGCUUGGCCUUGUGCCCAAUGUGAGCAGUAUUCUCUCCCGCUGCCCCUCCUAUGACCUUCGGCGGCUUAUUUCAUCCACCGAAUCCGGUGUGCUGCGGCAACUCAUCAGGCGCUACAGCCGAGAGGAGUGUUAUUUGUUUCGCUGCCUCGCCGCAGCGCCGUUGUCCGUGAAGUGGCGGCGGUUAAUGGAGUCUCUCCUCGCCCAGCACCAUGGCACUGGCUUCCCAACACCCAAUUCAACCGACGGCAGCGACGAGAACCCCGCUGCAGAUGCGAGUCACAGCGCGACGGCAAAAAAUCAUCUUUACAGUUUUGUGUUUUUUCGGGGGCGCGUGGUGUGUGCGGUGGGGCCGGCGGACUCAGACGCGCCACUCCACGUUGAAGAUGUGCUUGUUCUACUGAACUUUACGCGGUGCCUUGCCGAUUCACAGGUGGGGGAGAUCUGGGCACCGCUUUGUUUGCCCAUGUACAACAACACCGGAUAUCUGUGGUGCUACUGCGCUAACAUGAGUGUCAUGGCGCGGGGACAGCAGCAGCAGCAACUAUCACAGCGACUCACUGGUUGUGAGCACCACGGAGAAGGCGGGGCACGGGAUUCAACAGCUGUGGGAGGCGGUGCCAGGAAAAAUGUCGCCGCAUUGGACGCUCUCGUCUACGAAACACCGGCGAGGUUCGCAAAGUCUGAGGGGAUUUUGAUGGUGCACAUUGCCGCCAGUCAAGAGGCUUUUGUGGCUCUUGCGGAGCAGACCUGUCAAGUGGCGCGUCACCUAAUGUCCGAAAUUGCCCAGUUGGAGGAGGAGCUUUCUCGACUUGAGCACCUUCCGUUGUCUCUUGUCAUGUCAGCGGAGAGUGUAGAGGAACAGAAGCGGCAGCUGCUGCUUCUCAGCUGCGAUACCGCGCCCGCCCUGGUGGCCUCUUCCGACUUUUUGAAUGUUGACAGGAACAUUUUACCUUCUGUAUCGAUUCAUCCAGAUGGGCUUCAGUGGUUCGCUGCGGUGCUAAGGGGUAACCCACGUAGAGGGGGAACCGCGACGCUUGUCUACAGUGAGCCGUCAGCGGCGAUGCGAUUGAGCUCACGCGAACGAAAACGACUGCUGCGGCUUGUGGUGGAGCAGCGGGAUAGACUCGCACAGUGUUCGCGCUCCGCUGAGCCACUCAUGUUGUUACGCAUGGAUGAUGUGAACCUUCUUGUCAUGCGAACAACUGCCACUCUUGUUGCAUCGCUCAUGGAGCAAUUCUACACAACAGGAGCUAGAAAUGUGUUGUCACCCUCUGCAGAGUCAGGCGGCAGCGGUGCCGAUUUUAUAUCAGUAGAAGGCGCUAUGUUUGCAUCGAGUCGUAUGAGGGAGCUGUUGCUUUUAUUCUCCCCGGAGGUGUCAAACCCACAGAUGCUGCGAUGUGCAUUGCAGGUGCUUGUGCGGGUGGUCGCUCGGGAAGCUGAGCUGUCUUUUCAGCAGGUACGUGGUGGACGACGGUGA